UCUACCUGCCUUCAGCAUGGACCUGAGAUUCACGUUAAUCGCUUCAGCUCUUCUUCUGGGGGCCACGCUCGCCAUCUCACUGGCAGAAGGCACUUCACAAUGCAAAGUCAAAUGGAUGUUUGGCAUUUCGUGCCAAGACGUCUACGUAAAGCUGGUGAGCCAGAUCAAGGCCUGGCAGGUCAGGGAAAGCUGUCAAUACGCAGGAGAGAGGUGCUCCUACGAGCUCGUGUCGACAUCUCCUUACCUGAUCACAGCCACGCACACGUCUCCGUCGACCAAAGAAGUGAACGACCUCCAGUUUCUUCUGGAGCAGUCCACCAUCUGCAAAGUGACUGGAGAGGCAGCAUCUGACUUCUCCAACGACGACAGCACAAACUACUGCAGCCUCCAGAACCUGAUGGACGGGAGUGACCUGAUCAAUGUGGAGGGAUACAAACAGUUCAGCAACAAGUGGAUCUGUCCUGGCUUUGAUACCGCCAACUGCACCUUAACAUAG